AUGUGGAUAAUCGAUGACUGGACCGACAAGAUGGAGGCAAUGUACCACCCUGAGGAGGAGGAGAACGAGAAACGGUAUUGUGCGGUGCUCAUUUUCUUGCCGGGUAUGGGCUCUAUCUCGAAACUCAUGAGGUAUCUUUUAAAAUCUUCGCCGUGCGCUGAGACCUUCAGACAACACUACUUGUUCAUACCCUUCCAUAGGGUCACUGCAGGGCAGCAUGCAAGUCGGCUUUUCAAGCGGCUGGAGAGUGUUGAUGGCCCUAGGAUAAAGUGCGUGCUGGCGACUAAUGUUGCCGAAACAAGUUUGACCAUCCCCGACUUGAGAUACGUUAUAGACUGCUGUCGGCAGAAGGUGAAGAAGAGCAAGAACUACUUGGAAGUGUGGUGGGCUGGCAAAUUCAACUGUCUUCAGCGUAGGGGCCGCACUGGACGUACGUGUAGCGGUACUUGCUUCCACUUGAUUCCAGAGAAGAUGUUCCAUUUUGGUCUACCAGAGCAGCUCGAGCCGAAUAUAGCACGAGAGCCUCUGGAGGGUAUUCUGCUGCAGUCACUCUGCCUCUCGAAUGGUCGCCUUAUCAGAGGUCUCGAUGAGCUCCUCACUUUCUAUAAGAACCUCCCACACGACCCUGAGACCCGUCGUGUGGUCCUGUCAGCGUCAAUGCUGAGAGAAGCCGGGGCUCUCGAUAAGGCGG